GAUGACUGGCACAGUACCUCUGCUUCUCCUCUCUGCUCUGGUGACAGGCGUGCUUUCAUGGAGACCAAAAGAGGUAUAUAUCAAGGCUGGAGAGAUGGUGGCACUGUGGUGCCCCCAUUAUAAAGGGUUUGAUGACACCAAUCUGAUCUGGACCAAUCACACAGACCAGGAGACUGGUCUAAGCAGCAGUAUGUCAUCAGCUGAGCAGAGAAAGAUGGGAGUGCUGCUUCAUGAGAGAACUCUUGUGAUUCUCAGCGCUAACAUAAACCAUCAGGGGAAUUACUCAUGCUCUUACGGGAAUGUCAGUCGUCAGUUCUGGUUCAGACUGACUGUUUACACAACACAGAGCAGAGAGUAUGAAGAGAAGGCCACAUACUCUAAAACAUGCUACACUCAAGAGUCCUGCACGUUGAAUUGUCCUGAUGUUGGUCUCCCUGCUGUAAAUACACCAAAUAUGACCAGGAGCGGCCUCUCUUGGCACAAGAAAGGAGAGUCACGGCAAAAGGUUGAUUACUUCAAUAGUGUGGAGGAGAAUGACCAAGGUGUCUACAUCUGUACCAGAUCUUACUCGUACAAUCAGCAUACAUACAAAAUGACCUUUGCAGUGGCCCUUGAUGUCCAUCCAAGAAUAAUAUCUGGAAAAACAGAGAUACUCUCACCACACCACAAUGAAGUAUUUCAUGUAGAUUUAGGCUUGACAGUGGUGAUUGAAUGCAAAGCUGUGAUAUAUUCAGAUUUUGAUGAGGUGUUUUGGUUAAGUGGAACUUCCUUUGUGGAAAGGAAUGACAACCUACCAGUUUUCUAUAAUUCUACACGAGAAAAUGCUGCUGAGGAAAUGAAGGUGACGGCCUCCUUGAUUUUCAAAAAAGUGUCAAAGGAGGAUAUAAAGAGAAAGUACACCUGUAAACUAGAGUCUGAUGAUCAGCCGUCAAGCUUUGCCACCAUCACUUUGGCUCAAAAAGAUGGAAAAAGCCAUGAUGUCUCUCUGACGAACUACAAGAGCGUCACAGACGCAGGACCAAAUGAGGUGGACAGAGAAAGGCAGGAGAAUGUAUGAAUGAAAGCUGUACCAGAGGCAGUGUCGGACUGUAUCAAACACAGCUGAACAGUGAUUCUGUUUCUCACUGCUUUAGCUCCUGGUCUAGAAUCUGCUCUGCUGAAAGACAUUCAUGCAUUUGUUCUGGAGCAAAAGACUCGCUUAGUUUUCAUCAAAACAAGGUCAAAAGAAGGUCCGGCUCAGUAGCAGAGACUUUACAGCUUCUCAGUGACUCUCUGUUCUCUGUCACCUGCAAAGGAAAAUGCCCCAUGAUAUCCUCCUCCUCCUUCUGGAAGCAGCUACGCUAUCACCUUCAAGCUCCACAGCAUGAACCAAAAACAAGGCUUUUACCUGAGACAGCUUCUCCUCUGUUAAUGAAUGUACCCUAUCAGAGCUUUUCAGUAUUAGAAAUAGGAGUCUCUCACUGUAACUUAAGAUACUCUCCAAGAUCAGAAUAGAACAGAUCAUCUGUAUUUAACUAAAAACUAUUUAACACUAUAUUAAUGUUUUUAUUGUAGCUUUUAUGAUUUUAUUGUAAAGAAUUGAAAUUAAGCUAAGUUAGUCCUUGAAGACUGUCAUACUCACUGGUACUAUUUACUCUAUACUCCUGAUUCUUUCAGAUCCUUCUUCUUCAAACCUAAUGAUAAGAUAUUCUAAGCUUUUGUGUAUUUGUGAAUCCUGCUGCCCAUUAUUCCUACUCUGCAGACAUUGU